AUGCCCUACUGCCGAAUUGAGACGAACGUGGCCGCUGAUAAGGUGACCCCUCAGAUGGCUGAGGAGCUAGGCAAGCUUGUAGCCAAGACCACGGGCAAGCCUCUCAGCUACUGUGCGGGGGCUAUUGUUCCAGGCGUUCCCAUGUCCUUCGGCGGCGACGCGGCGACCCCAUGCGCACAGGCGGUAUUGAUGAGCAUUGGCUGUCUUGGUGGCGACUUGAAUAAAAGACACUCGAAAGCCAUUGCGGACUUUACGAACAAGACUCUGGGUGUGGCACCCGAUCGGAUGUAUAUCCAGUUCGUGGACGCUGCUGGUAGCAACGUUGGCUUCAACGGAAACACUUUUUAG